UAUCCGCGUGAAAGCAGGAGUGACGUUGGCUGCAGCUGUCAGUCCAUACGUCAUGAACGUUGAUUGCACAGAUGCCGUAACCGCCGUCAGUUCAACGUUUACCCAGCCAGUCCUUGAUAAGCCGCCGACAUUUGUAUCUGGGAUUCCUGGGAAUUCCCCUGACGUCUCAGACGACAAUGUGAUUGCGACGUCACUGGGAAAGUUCACAACUACGGACCCUGAUACCACGUGUUCUGUGACGUUACCUGUGACAACCGUUUAUGAGAUCAGAAAAGUGGCGUCACCGACCGAUCCCCAGAAACCGGCCGCCGGUUUUCACCGCACUGCCUGCGACCGGAACUAACAUUUUCGACGGUCUUAAGCACGCCACCGAGACCCUUCACACGUUCAGCGUCACCGAUAGCGACGACGCCGUUAACUGCUCUGCAAGAGUGCCGGAAAACGCCCUUUUUGAAGUGAUUGCCGGUGUCGCAUCAAGGUUUACAAUUAACGUAAAGGCGGGGGUAACGCUAAGAGCAGCGAACGGACAUUACGUCAUCAACGUCGACUGCUCAGAUGGCGACAAUGACGUCACUGCGACGUUCACACAACCAGUGAUUGAUACGCCGCCGAGUUUUGUAUCCGGGAUCCCCGGAAGUUCCCCUAACGUCUCUGACUCCACUGUCACACAGAUGUUACUCGGGAAGUUUACAACUACCGACCCGGAUACGGCGUGUUCUGUGACGUCACCAUCCACCACCGUGUAUGAGAUCAGAAAUGUGACGUCACCGGUGAAUGUUUCUCAACCAGAAUUUGAAGUCAGGAUCUCUAGCACCGUGACUGAAGCUGCCAUCGACUUCAACGACCAGGCCGUGCCGUUGACGUUAACGAUACGGUGUACUGACGGCAACCCCGUCAACGUCAUCACCGGGACUUUCAACGUCAAUAUCGUUGAUGAGGAUCCAGUUCUAACGUCGUUUCCUAUGACGUCAUAUCAGUUCCUAGAAGACACUUCCGUUUCCGCUCUGGAGCUAAACUCAUUCAGCCUUAAAGAUUCUGAUGACGUCGUAUCUGCUUGAUGUCAUCUGUCAAAUCUGAAAAUCAACGUCAAAGCGUUUCAGAUUUGGUACAAGGGACGCCCGCGAGCGUCCUUGAACUAUGACGUCACGCCCGUUCAUAACAUCGGGAUUAUUUGCGACGACGGCAAAGUCUUUAGCGCGAGAUAUUAUUACGCAGUGGAUCUGGAAAACAACGUAAGUAAUCCAAGACGAAGAACAGCCCAACUGUAUGUCUGUCAUGGAUUAUACUUGGUAUACUAACA